AUGAGUCACCUGACAGACUUUCACCCGACAGGCUUUCCUGACUUGUCAUUCAAUGGCUACCAGGGCUCAGCGAAAGAUCGGCUUGACCUGGUGAUUGAUGGUUGUAAUGAUGCUGGGAGAGAUUCAGCAACGGUCAACGCUUUGGCAGUGGCAUGGGGGAUCGUGUUGACCACUUUUACCAAUUCAACCGAUGUGCUGUUUGGCCUGGUGCGGCCAUCCUACUCUGAUGUGCUACCAUGUAUUCUGAGACUUCAGCCAGAGGCUUCCGUCACGAAAGCAUUAAAUCACGGGGAGGAUAUCAUCACUGCGCAGGAUAAGACACCGCAGAGCACCGACACAUUCCAUAACAUCCUGGUGAUUCGGAAAGACGGAGAAGAAAGCUUUGAACCGAAAGUCAACACAUGUCCUCUGCAAAUACAUUGCCGAAUCCAGCCUGAUGCCAUCUUGGUCCAAGCGAUUUUUGAUGGGCAAAUUUUGGUACUAGAACUUCUGAGGAUUAUUCUCUUCCAACUGCGCCAUGUCUAUACCAGUAUCAUACACAAUCCCGAAAAUUCUAUUGCUGACGUCCAAGGGAGCAGCCCGGAAUCCAUUGAGAAGAUACUUCAGUGGAAUGCGGAAACACUCCCUCAACGCGUCGAAAAGCUCGCUCAUCACCUCAUCGAGGAACGUUGUCAUGAACAGCCAUUGGCUCCAGCAAUCAGUGCCUGGGAUGGUAAGCUGACCUUCGGUGAACUAGAUGAGCAGGCGUCGAAAAUGGCUGCUCGUUUAGUCGCCAGCGGGGUGGGCCCAGAUCGGUUUGUUGGUCUGCUCAUGGAGAAAUCCAUGUGGACAACAGUGGCCAUCUUCGCUGUGCUAAAAGCAGGCGGGUGCUUUUAUCUCCUAGAUGCCUCACAACCCGCAAAACGACUGGCAGUGAUGUGUCGCAAGGCUCAACCACAACUCGUCCUAGUGUCGGCCAAACAUGAAGCUCUGGCGGAGAAGUUGGAUGUUCCCAUCUGGGUGCUUCCCCGAGACUUAGAAAUGAGAGAGCUUCCUGCAGCGGAGCCCCAACAACUCGCAACUGUUCACCCGCAUAACAUCAUGUAUGCCGGCUUUACCUCCGGUUCCACGGGAGAACCCAAGAGGUUUGCGAUGGAUCAUACAGCCUUCACGAGUGGCCUGACAAACUACGCCCAACAACUUAGUUUGUCUCCUCAGUCCCGCGUGUUACAGUAUGCCUCUUACGCCUUCAUUGUUAGUCUCACAGAUCAGCUCGCUCCCCUUGCCCAGGGAGCCUGUAUCUGUGUGCCGUCCGAACAGCAGCUGCAGAACGACUUGCUUGGGGCAAUUCGUCAGCACGAGGCAAAUUGGCUCAAACUGACCCCAUCGGUCCUUCGCCUGCUGGACCCAGGAGAGAUUUCUGGACUGAAGACAUUGGUCAUGGUGGGUGAGCCCAUGGCGGCGACCGAACUGGCCAAGUGGCAGCACAGCGGUGUCAACCUCUUGUCUCUAUAUGGAAUGUCAGAGAACUCGAAGGGUUGCUGUUACGGCAGUCGCAACGAGCCCGGCUGCGAUGUUCGCCAAUUCAAGCGGCCACUAUGUGCAACCCCUUGGGUGGUCAGUCCUCAUGAUCCGGACAUCCUCAUGCCAAUUGGGGCGGAAGGAGAGCUCCUACUCGAAGGGCCGUGUCUGAGUAGAGGGUAUAUGGAUAAUCCAGAGCAGAACCGGAUGACCUUUUUACAUGAUCCUGCUUGGCUAAAACAGCUCCGACCCGAUAGCAAUGGUCGAUUUUUGAGGACCGGUGAUCUCGUCAAGUACAACCCGCAGGAUGGAACCUUACACUUGCUGGGCCGCAAAGGAACCGGAAUGGUCAAAAUUCGCGGCCAGCGAAUCGAGCUUGCUGAGAUCGAACACCACCUGUGCCCUCAAUUCAACACCCAUGAACCAGCAGUGGUCGACGUGGUUGUUCCAGCAGAUGACACAGCCCAAAACCCACUUCUGGUUGCCUUCGUUCCUAUUGGAAAGCAGCAGUCCACGCUCCAACGUGAUGGUGUGAUAGAAGGCCUCUUUGCCUCACCCACUCAGGAUUUCCGCCAGAAAGCUAGAAACGCCUUGUCAAACCUACAUCAGGCUCUCCCCGGCUUCAUGGUACCCGCGGCUAUUGUAGCCACGGUGGUAUUGCCACAAACUGCAACUGGUAAGCUGAAUCGGCGAGCGCUGCGCGAAGAAGCAUCUAAGCUGUCCCGCAAAGACCUAUUGGCAUACAUCUCCCACGACUCUGUUCAUCAAGAUCCCACUACAGCCCAAGAGACCCUCCUUCAAGCAGUAUGUUCGCAGGUGCUUAACCUCCCAUCGGCGACGGUAGGGAUGCAGUCCAACUUCUUUGGCCUCGGUGGUAACUCCAUCACUGCUCGGGAGUUAGUAACUAAGUGCCGGCAGAGCGGCUUGUAUAUCGCGGUGGCCGAUAUAUUCCGAGCGUCGUCCCUACUGAGACUUGUUGAGUGCCAUCAAAAGGUUGAUGCCUCAGUCCCAGAUGAGGCAUAUGACCCGUUCAAAGCAGUCCGGGAUGAGUUUCUCGCCAAUCUCCCACCGCCGUUGAUGGUAGACCAGGUCGAGGACGCUUUCCCAACACUGGAGGAGCAGCACACCUUGGCUUCUACACAUAUGCUUGACUAUCACCUUUAUGAAUUGAAGGGCCAUGUUGAUCCAUUGAAACUCCACCGCGCCUGCCAAGCGGUUGUCGACAAGCAUACCAUCUUGCGGUCGAUUUUUAUCCCCUUCCGAGAGGACAUAUUCCAGGUUAUUCUGCGCCGUAUAGAUGUGCCGUUCGCGGUUCAACCCUCAGGAGGCCAAAGUGCUCAGAACUGGGCAAAAUCCUCCUGCGAGGCAGAACUGCAGAAGACGUACCACGCAGAUGAGCCCCGAGUUGAGUUCAAACUAGUCCAAGAUGCACCAGACCACUUCAUCCUGAUCAUCAGACUGCUACAUGCCCAAUACGAUGCAAUCAGUCUCCAGAAGCUUGUGUCUGAUCUAUGGGCCCAAUACAAUAACCAAGAAGCACACAUUGAAUCUGACUUUUCCGCUUAUACCCGUGAAUGCUUCCGACAGAGAACCCCCGAGGCGUACGAAUUCUGGGGAAAUCUACUCCAGGAUUCGCAAGUCACUCCAAGUCCCUUCCCCACCAUUCCGGUCGUGGAGGAGAAAAGUGUGGGCUUUGAGAGGGAGAUGUCUUUGCCCACGCCCCCUGCUGGGAUAACCAUGGCUACGGUUAUCAAAGUAGCCUGGGCAACAGUGCUGCAGGAAUGGACAGGCUCCUCGGACGUUGUCUUCGGGCAAUUGAUCACUGCCCGAAAUCUACUCCUUCCGGGUAUUACUGAAGUUCUCGGCCCCUGCAUUAAUACCAUCCCAGUCCGGGUUCAACAAACACUAAAGUCUGACACUCCCCAUGAGCUACUUCGUGCUGUCCAGUCUCAGCAUGGUGAGAGUAUCAGAUUUGAGACCAUUGGAUGGAAUGAAAUCGUGGGCAAUUGCACCAAUUGGUCAUCAGGAACCAAAUUGGGAUCAGUGGUGGUGUUUCAAAACUACAACAAAAGUGUAAGAACAGAGUUCGGUCUGGUGUCCUGCCAGAAGAGCGCGCAAUUCUUCAAUCUCCCCCCGAGGAUAUCGUGUGGUUGCUUGUAUUUCCUACUAGCACGACUGCUUUGUUUGUGA